ACAACUAUUUGUUUCCACCACACCAGGAGAACUACAUAUUCCCAGGCUUAUCCAAGAGACAAACACAUAACAAGCGCUUUCAACAACUGACAUAUUUACUAAUUUUAUGAGAUUUAUUCAACUUAACCUUUAAUCUACAACUUUUAUAUAUAUAUUCUUUUGGCAAUUGAACGAAAUGUAUUGCCAAUUAUAAAUUAAUUAAACAAAUAACAUUUAUUUAAUCGUGGUUUCCUGGGUAUUUUUAUUGGAGUUUUUUUAUUAACAAUUUAACUGAUUACGGCGUUUUUAUUUCAAACUUACAAAAGACAGUAAAACGGAAGAGAUACAACAACAACUCAUCCAUUGUACUGUACUACUAUUUUCAUUUAGGUCCUUUUAUAUUCAUUUCCAAGUUGGUUUAAAUCAAAUUUAAACCGUUACCAUCACCCAAGAAGUAGUUUGAUUUAGUUUUCAUUAUAUCCUUAUUUAGUUCGUGUUGAAUAUGUUCAAUAUGAUCGAUGACAAUAUUUAUAAGAAUCCUAUUCAGAGUACUUCUAAUAACACACAAAGCAAGAUGACACCUCAAACUUUCCAUAUGUUUGUUAAGGAAGAAGAAACAACAUCUUCACUUGAUAUCAUGUCUGUCCAAAAUAACGAAGAUUUAGAAAAUGUUUUUGAUGAAUUUAUUGAUAUUCCUAAUUUAGUCAGCGAUGAUGAAUUAAGUGAAGAAGAUACUGUUCUGACUAAGACUUUUGGAUCCCAUUGGAAGAGAUCUGGACAAUCCACUCCCGCUACUGUUGCAAGUGAACCACGUGUUAGUAGACGUCAAGGUUCACCCCCACAGUAUAACAAGAGUGAACAAGUCAAGAUCCAACAACCAAAACCAAUACAACCACAAGCUGUGCAGCAACAACAACAACAACAACCAUUGCACAUAAACAAAGCUUAUAUUCUUCCAUCUCAACAACUAGCAUCUUCGGUUCAGACAGCAACAAGAAAAAUCAAAACUUCUUCUACUACAUCCACUGCUAUAUCCACUACUACCAAAGCUACAACCAAGCUGACCCACCUUUCUCCUGAACAAUUCAAAUAUGAACAAACACAAUUGAUGACUAUAAUUGUCAAAUAUAUUGCGACUAAAAUUUACAAUUCAUUCCCACCUGAAUCUCCUAGGCUGAUUAAACCUAAUGAAAUGCCUUUGGACAAGUUUUUAUUAUUGUUAACUAGUAGAUUACAAUUAACCUUACCUUUAUUUAUCAAGGGAAUAAUUUACUUGUUUAGAUAUAUGGAUAUCAUUUAUUUAUUAAGAUAUCUUAACCAAUCUAACAAUUUUAUCAAUUAUAAAGACAUGGGAUUUGAAUUGAAGAAAUUAAUUGUUGGAUGUUUCAAAUUGACAAUUAUUAAAGAAAGAAGAAUUCCCAAAAACAAGAACAAGUACAAUUAUAAUUGGCAACAUAUUACUGGUUUAAGCAACCAAGAAAUAAAUAAUAUUGUCAAGCAAAUUGUUGGAAGAAUGAAUGGGAAAUUGAGAAUCAAGGAUGUUGAAUUACUUAGAAUGAAGUCCGAAAUAUUUAGAUUUGUCAAGAUGGUUACUAAGGAGGUGUAGAACAUCACUUGCUGUUAUUCUGAGGGUCGAUGAAGAACCUUCGGGUUAUGUGUUAUUUUUUUUAAAAAAAUACUUCUAUGUGUAUUCUGUUAUCUUUCACAUGUGUGUACAAACCCUUUUACUCUGUUAUAUAGUUUUACGUUUAUUUUCGUAACAACUACAAUGUCAAAUUCGAUAUUGAAUUGGUUUUCGCAGCUGGGUACUUCUGCCGAUUGGGUGUAUGAUUGCAAUCGCAGAAGUACCUGGUUUAUGCGAAAUCGAACAUUAAAUUAGCUCUAGAGACACUGUGAUCCAUUGUUUCUAGCAGAAUAUUAUCUAUUUC